AUCGAAACUGAUGCAGACAUGAAAACAUGUAUCAAGUUCAAUAAAUUGCUUACAAAAGAACCCAAACUCUUUCGUUAUACAUCAAUCGUCAUUCAAAAUUCACCAACCGAACUUUUAAGAGUACUUUGCGGUAGUUUGUUCUCAUAAGUAAAUGCAUCGUUUUAUUUCAACCAAGUUUGAGUUUUUGGUACUUCAGUUGGUUGGUCAUUUGUUGCAUCGUUGAAACUGGGGGAGCCAAAAUGAGGAGAAUUCUGCCAAUUGUUCUCUUCUCCACCCUCUACUCCUCCACUCACCAAGCCAGUAUUGCUUUUCGCGACAACCACCACCCAUCCAUCGCCGAGGAAAAGAACCUCCAACCAUCAGCCGUAUUCGACAACGUAGACGUAAUUCUGGACAAGAUAGACACGGUAGCUAAAUUCGCUCGCGAUUACAACGCUAUUCCAAAAAUAGGACAAUGUUUACACUUCCUCAUGCAUAGAUUCGAAACAGGACGUAAAUUCCUAAUGCACUAUAACGAAGUAAAAGCCCAAAACGAAGGACGUUUCCCAUCGCUUCAAAAACCAGUCAAAGCAGCUGCAGCGACACCCAAACCGACGCAAUUCGAGUACAUUUACAUUUACCCUUCGCAAGCGGCGUUAGGUAUGUCGAAAGCUUUAUCGAUGAUGAAAAAGGCACCUGAAUACUCUCGUAUGCCGCAGGCUCUGAAAAGAGUCUCCUGUUACAACUGUCGUACCCGCAAAGAGCAAUGGAAACGGUAUAAUUAUUUUCAAAAUCGACGCAAACGGUGGCCCAAGCAGUUCUACAACCCUAAACAUAUUAUACCAGCUUCCAACGAGCAACAUCUUUUCGAUUACGUUACCGUUACGGUUAAACCUACCACUGAAAUGACGAUCAAGAGCUUCAGAGAUAUACUGCCAGGUCCUAAUCAAUUGCCUUACUACGCUAAUAUGUUCUUGGACGUAUUCGAUACGCAUUUCGAGACUUGGAACUCUAAAAUCAGAUCAGCCAUUCAUUCCAUUAAACAGAAAUGGGCCCAACGUAAAGAAAAAAAUAAAAAUGCAGACAGCAGCGACACAGAUGGCAGCGAUACAGAUAGUAGCAGUCGCAGUAGCAGUUAUUCGUCCUCAGAAAGCAGAAGUGACCUUAGCAGUUCUAGUUCCGAAUAUGUAAGCAGAAGCACCAGCAGCGAAUCCGGCAGUGGCAGCAAUUACACCAGUAGCGAAUAUUCAGACAAGAGUGACGAAAGCAGUAGAACAGCUAGAAGUAGCGAAGAUCGCAGUGACGAAAAUGGACGUAAUUAUGUUCAAAAUGUCUCGAAUAGGGUUUCAAAUAAACAAGAAGAAUACGAAUAUUAUUCCGACUCGAACUCAAAUGACGUCGACGAACAAGAAAGUUCGAGAAAAGAAAGAGUCACCAAUGAGGACGAAAAUGAUGAAAAUGAUUACGAGAGCGCUGAUUACAGUCAAAAUCAUCGGGAGAGUACCAAGAAAAGAACUUUUAGGAACAGAGCGAUUGUAAAUUGAAGAUAAAAAGUCUAUUUUUUUCGAUUAGAAGGUAAUCAAACAAGUCACACUCGUAUUAGCACAAAAAUAUUGUGAUUUUCAACUUUUUGUUGUUGUUUUUUUUUUGGUAGGUAUAGGGGGAGUUUAUUGUUACUAUAUUUUUAUAGUAUUACUAUCUUAAUUUUUUGUACUUUUUUGUGAUAUCUUUUUUAGUUUGUUUUUAAUAAAGUAUCUUACUUGUUUUGGUA